UCGCCUGUAUUUUAGCGGGAUUAGGCCUACCAGGGAACCUGCGCCGCGCACUCGGUAGCUGUGGCGCGCAGUUGCUGGUACGAAGCACGACUCUCGAGUAGUGGCUAGUGAUAUACACAAGCUUGUUAUUGAUCGGCCACACGCUUGUCCAGUUGUGGACGCCCAUCUUUGCCGUUUACGAUGUCGUUCAACGUUGGAGAUCGCGUGUUCGCCAAGGUACGCGGGUACCCGCCGUGGCCUGCUAGGGUCGAAGACUGCAUUGGAGAUAAGUCGAAGCCAAAAGCCCAAAAGUACUCAGUACUCUUCUACGGCACAUAUGAAACGGCGACUCUUGGCCCAAAGGACUUGUUUGCCUACAAGGAUUUUAAGGACAAGUACGGCCAACAGCAAAAGAGGAAGUUCUUCAAUGAAGGUCUGUGGGAAAUAGAGAACAAUCCCACUGUCACCCCACCCGGUUUAGGGGGGUCUGGCAGCAAAGCUGCAGUGAAAAAAGAAGUUCAGGAUGCGCCACCACCCGAAAAUGAAGAAGAGGAGGAGAAGGAGGAAUCUGAAUUGGUCAUUGACGAAAAGCCAUCAAAAAAUAAGCCAGAGGCACAGUCAGUAAAGAAAAGGGCCACCAAAAGAGCAUCAAAGGAUUCGGUAGAUGAUCAGAAAACUGGCGAACAGGAAACUCCGAAAAGACGGGGCUCCCGGUCUAGGGAUUCCUCUGUCAAAGCUACUCCCAGUCUUAGUCGCAGCGGCCGCAAGAUAAAACGCAAGAAGUUCAGCUCUGAGAGUGAAGAAGAAAGGGAUGGUGCACCACCCGCUGAUGAUGCGGAAGAAGGAAAUCACAAGGAGGCCAGUGAAGAGGAAACACCGCCGCCUCCUAAAGAAGAUAAUGAAGAAGCAGCAGCUACAACGUCUCCACCGGUCUCUCCAGCUAAGGAGGAGCCUCCUGCGCCCAAGGAGACCUCUCACCGAGGGAAGAAAGGAAGGCACCACCACAAGGAGAAAAACGAGGAGCCUGCUCCGGAGGCCUCGGCACCGCCCAAGCCCGAGCCACCGAAAGAGAAGAUGGAUGAAGUCGAAGAGAAAACCGUCGAUGCUCCCAGUGCAAAGCCGCCGAAAAAGUCUGGCCGGCGACGGGACAAACAUGCAAGUGCAGAAUUAGCUGCCGCCAAAGAAAACUCUGACCAAACUAAAGAAAACGACAUUUCUGCUGAGCCUUCAGUUCCCCCAGAAGCCAAUGAUGUUGACAAGGAAGAGGACGAUGAAGCUCCGGUGACAGCUCCGGCACGAAAACCCAGCAGUCCAUCUCCGAAGAAGAGAUACCGAUCAAAGUCAUGGUGGGAAUCAAGAACUAAGAAGAGGCGAAGAGAAUCUGAUGCUAAAAGCAGCUCCGAUUCCGAGACUGAACAGGAUGACUCUGGAGCACCCACACGACAGUCUCCACCUAAGAAGCGUCGAGGCGGCAAGUCGGACAAGCACUCGCGGCACGUCCCCAUGGUGGUGCUUCGUGAUGUAUCUGAAAUGAUGGGCACAAGCAAAGGAACGUCCUUCACCGUCGAGCAGAGCAAUGGAGUGGUGACAUCCGUCACACAGCAGGAUGGUCUGAAGGAGGCGUCUACUGCUUUUGAAAAGCUGCAGAAGAAAAUAGCUGAAAAGGAAGAAGAAAAGGAAAGGAUGAAGAAAGAGAAGCUGGAGAGGAAGCGCAAAGAGAAAAUUGAAAAAAUGAAACAAACUCAAGUGGAAAAACGGAUUUGCGAGCUGGAUAGAGAUAUCAAGAAUAGCCUCGGCAUCAGUGGCAAGAAUGUAGAAGCUGCCCUUCAAGCCUUCUGUGAACUUGACAAGCUGCCUCUGACGCAUUCACUACUUUUGAAGGAGCAAGACAUCAUUCACACUGUGAAAAAGUGCACAAAGUUCACGGGGGACGAUAGAAUCAAGAAAAAGGCGGAAUACCUCCUGAACAAGUUCAAGAACAUGCUUAUUGUGCCGACAGCCGAGGCUGAGACGAUGAAAGAGCCAAGACGGCAUUCAGAGCAUAAGGACCACAAAAAGACUGAAUCAGCUAAGGACUCCUUAAAGCCUGUGACUGAGGAGGAACAUAGUGACAAGCAGGAAACUACAGCAAAGACUGAGAAUGUGCAACCCAGUGAUGACAAGAUGUCUGCUGACUCUCAUUGAGAAGUGUCAACACCACCAUGUAGGCCCUCGCGGCUUUGCAAGUUGAUCGUGCUGUAGCUUAUGUUUUGCAUGAAAUGGACUCCUUGGGUGAGAAGGCAUUGUACAGUUUGCAUGAAUGAGAAUCGUCUAUGUAAUAGGGGAGAGUGAAUGAACUUUAUUUGUGAAGCAUUGUUGUAAGGUGUAGCACCGUAAUAAUACUUUGUUGCAAAGCCCCAUCUUUCAAUAAACUGUUCCCAUCAUUUAAUACUGUAAAAUCGGAACAGGUGGAAAAUCUUGUUUUCAGCGAUAUGGCUAGUUGAACUGCCUGGAAUACGUUAGUUCCUUUUUAGAUGCAAUGAAACUUGGUUGUUGUUAAUUAGAACCUUAUCAAACAUUAUCAAAAAGAUUGCCUAUUGCAGGCAUUAAUUAUUUGUCUUAAUACUCAUAAUUUCAAAGAAGUACAUGGGUAUUAGAGUAUUACAGUUGAUUAAGCAUUUUUGCUAACUUCGUGAGAUGUGGUUUAAAAACCAAGGUUUUGCUAACUGAAAGGGAGCAGAAGAAAAUUUUGCCCAUUUCUAAUGAAGACCCCUGUUAACACGAAAGCCAAGUAUUGGAUUGCUUGCAGCAGGAAAUUCAUGAUUUCAUGUGAAACAGAAAAAUGUAGCUUGAGAUCUGCUCCUCACUGUCAUCCUAGAUUUUGUGGAUGAAAAGCAGGUUUAGCAGGUAUGUUAAUUGUCGUACUUCAUUAACAGCUGUUGGUGGACGAUCUCUCUGAUGAUGUGCCAUAGCGUGCAUGCAUAGAUGCUGUCGCCACAGGAUGCUGCCAUGUGCUAGCACCUUGUAACUCUGAGCCUGAAGUAGCUGUCAAUGCGGUAAAAGAAGAAAACAUGAAAUACUAAUACCGGGACACAUUAGAUAACUUGGGCUAAAGUUGCCCCACUUCCCUCCCCCCUCAUUAUUCUGGAACCUCCCCUGGGUCAGAAGAAUUGUGUAUUACUUGAUAUUACCCUAAAAAAUGCAAUUCUAAAGUAUGAGGGAAAGAUAAUGGUUAUCUUUCUAAACCAUUAGUAGGGUUACUGUUUGUGCUAGUAAAGAUAGCUAGCUUUAGUGCUGAAUGCCAAACUAGCUAUUGAAAGUAUUGCUAUAGUUACUAAUAGCUAUCUAUGCAGUAACUGUUAGAACACGUUAUUGCUCCUGAAACACAAUUUCACGCAGGGGCUUCACCAGAGCAAAGGGGCAUGAUUGGAGCCGUUGUGUUGUGCGCACACUCCUGAAGCAUUCAACUUUGCUUGUAACCUUUACGUUCACUUUGCAAUGAAAUGUUUGCACACA